AUGAUGCAAACUAUCAGUGAUUGGUUCUGGUGGAAUCGCUUAUGGAUGCCAUGGAAUUCUACAUGGGCGGAUCUAGAGGAUAGAGAAGGGCUUGUCUAUACCAAAGCGUCUGACCUUUAUGUUACUGUGCCCUUUUCAGUAGGAUUCCUCAUUGUUAGAUACCUGUUUGAGAGGUUAAUAGCCACACCAUUUGCAGCAUCGCUUGGGGUCAGGGAAAAAGCCGGGCACAAAGUAGAACACAUUCCCAUACUGGAGCUUUACUUUACCACCCAGUCUAAGAAUCCGGGACAGACAGAGAUUGAUGGUCUGUCCAAAAAGUGCAGUUUGACAAGCAGACAGGUAGAGCGCUGGUUCAGGAGGAGGCGAAACCAUGAACGCCCAGGAGUCCUGAAGAAAUUUAGGGAGGCCAGUUGGAGAUUAGCCUACUACCUUUUUGCUUUCCUAGGAGGAAUAGUUGCAUUACAUGAUAAACCCUGGUUUUACGAUCUUCAGGAACUGUGGGUUGCUUAUCCGAAACAGUCGAUGCUUCAGUCACAAUACUGGUAUUACAUACUGGAGAUGAGCUUCUACGGGUCACUUCUUUUUAGCAUUACAUUUGAUGUUAAACGAAAGGAUUUUAAAGUACAAAUUUUCCAUCAUUUAAUCACCCUGGCCAUUUUAUCCGUUUCUUGGUGUGCUAACUACAUCCGAGUUGGUUGCUUACUUUUGUUCAUUCACGAUGCUUCUGAUGUAUUUCUUGAGUCUGCUAAGAUAUUCAAUUAUGCUAAAUGCGAGAAAACCUGCAACACCAUCUUUGUUAUGUUUGCCAUAGUAUUCGUGGUGACCCGACUUAUAAUUCUUCCAUUCUGGAUCAUCCCUUGCACUUGGGUCGACCCACUAGAUUACACCCCUCCUUUUUUCGGACAUUACUUCUUCAAUGUCAUGUUAGUCAUCCUUUUGAUGCUACACAUAUACUGGGCCUACCUGAUACUUCGCAUGCUGAAGAAGCUCCUCUUUGGCACUCUGACCAAAGAUGAGAGGAGCGAUACUGAAGAAGAGGAGGAUGACAAAUGA